UUUCAUUUUAUCCUAAAUUUGUAAUUUAUGGAAUGUCAAAAUUCGACGAAACAAUUCAUCAAAAGCAAAUAAAUCUUCAAGUUGGGCGAAUAAUUCAAUUGGAUGCAAAAAUUCUUGACGAUGCAUUAAUUUCUGCAUUUCGGGUGGCCUUGAGAGACGGCUUAAGGGAUGGAGAAAUUUGUUUACCUUUCUCAAAUUGGUUAUUUGAUUUUCUUGAAACGCACAAGGAUUCUUUGCUUAAAUUAUCCUAUCAUCUGAUGCAUGCAUUUACAGGACAAAGUCCGGGCCAACGUCUUAUGAACAUACGCUAUGGUAAUUUUACAAAACUCAAAGGAUUGCUUAACUAUACUUUCUGCAUUUUAUUACCAACAAUCUCAAAUUCCUUGUUCCGACUUUUGCCUUCAUAUCUUCGUCAUAAAAGAUUAUUUAUUAGAAGGAUUAUUGUUGGCUUCAAAAUUUUUGAUUUUUGCUACUUCCUUUAUUUCCUCAAAUUUGGUGGACCAUCGCAUCCAAUAGAGGCGUUGCUUCGACUUAAACCUGUUCAUGAUAAAAGUCCAAGAAUUGGUCAAAUCAAUUAUGGAGCACUAAAUCGCGAAUUGUUUGGCCAUUCAUUCGCCUACGUUUUAAUUUUGCUUAUACCUCUUUGGACUCGAAUAUUCAAUUUUUUAAAGACAACAUUAUUUAAAGAAGAGGAUAUUAAAAGUAAUUUUGAUGCCAAAGAUCGGCUUGUCUGUUCAAAAUGUUUAAAAACUCCAAUUUGUGCUGUUAGAGCAAGAAAAAAUAAUUUAUCUAGUCAAUGGAGGGUUUAUUGUUUCUUUUGUUUUACAAGCAUUCAAGGAAUUGAAAGGAAAGAUUGGGAAGUUGAACAGCUAACUAGUGCUAAUAUCUGAUCUCUGAUGGAAAGAAAGUAUUUUUUUAAUUUUUAUUUUCUUCUCCAAUGUUGUUAAUUCUGCUUGUAUAAUUCUUUUUAUAAUUUACGACGUAUCGGGCUAACUCACGGAUCAGACAAUUGACGGAACGACAACUCUCGGAAUGACCAA